AUGGCUUCCCUCCAGUUCAUCGAGCCUGCCGGCAUCAUCCGCGCAACAGCACAACUUCCAGCACCCGCCGCAGCAGGACUUCUAGCAGCAGCAUCAUUUGGAUCUCUAAACAACACCCGUCGGAACUCGUCUCAUCAAGUACACGAUUCUUCAACAUCGCCAGCCGCGCUACAGAAUCAACGGGUCCAACAGAUUAUCCAGGCACAAGGGCGCCAGAUCUCUCCUUCGGCUUACACCAACCGGUUAAACUCUCCUGCGCAAACCCAACACCAACAGUUUUACGCAUCGUUCUCAGCUCCAUCAUCCACUGCUGCAGUGAACCAGCAGAAUCGUUCUGCUCGGCCCCCUGUACCACUCUUCGCACAGGGCAUCGGUGGUCAACAGACCGCGGGCAAGAUGGAUCUUCAAGGUAAAUCAUUUGGCUCCGAUUCCGACGAGCAUUUAAACUCACACAAGUCAGACGCGCUGAGGAAUAUUGAGGAUUUCACACCCUUCGGGGGUGGAGCCUCGACCUCGGCCUACUCGUCUCCAGGUCUCGGCAACUACGAUGCGAACAUCAGCUCUGCUUCGAGCUCGAUCGCCAACAUGGCCACCAUCUCGCCCCAGGACUUGUUCCUCCGUGAGCCUUUUGCCUCCGCACCCAAUUCCUCGGCGCUCACCACCCUGACGACACCCUCGACGUACGGCGAGUCCCCCGACUUCGACAACUAUGAAGUGUCUCCCAACUACAACGGUGGUGACUUUGAGGGCGACACGGGCGCCUGGUACUCUCUGUUUCCAGAGUCUACCAGCACUGAACACCCACAAGUAGCAGACGAUGACAAGUCUCCUGGCGAAUUGGAGGAGGAGCUUGAGGUAAUCGAGACCACGUCUCAGCGUCGUCGCAAGUCUGGCAACUCGCCACCCACCGGUGGUCAUGGUCGACACUCAUCUGUCUCUGGUGUGAACUCACGGCGGCGUGACAAGCCUCUUCCUCCCAUCGUUGUCGACGAUCCCCAAGACACUGUCGCGAUGAAGCGGGCGCGUAACACCCUUGCGGCCCGCAAGUCUCGAGAGCGUAAAGCUCAGAAGAUGGAGGAGCUUGAGGAGGAAAUCGUCAAACUCACGGAGGAUCGUGAUCAUUGGAAACGGAUAGCCCUGAGCCGAACUGGAGCCUCAAGCUGA